AUGGGCGGCCCGGAGAAGACCGCGCUUGGCCGUGUUCACGCUUGUCCGUGGGCCUGAGGUCCCCGGAGGAUGACCUAGCACUGAGAAGCCCCGGCCGGCCUACCCAGGGCCUCCGAGGACAAAGUUGACCCCGACCGGGCCGUUCCCCAGUUCCGAGGCCCGGGUCCCACUGCAACUCGCGUCUGAGCCGCCGUCCCGGACGCCCGGUGCCCGCGGGUCUGCAGACCCUGCACCGGGCUCGGACUCGCAGCCGGGACUGACGUGUAGGACAAUCGUUUCUGUUGGAAGAAGGGUUUUUCCCUUCCUUUUGGGGUUUUUGUUGCCUUUUUUUCUUUCUUUUUUCUUUGUAAAAUUUUGGAGAAGGGAAGUCGGAACACAAGGACCGCUCACCCGCGGACUCAGGGCUGGCGGCGGGACUCCAGGACCCUGGGUCCAGCAUGGAGGUGGUGGACCCGCAGCAGCUGGGCAUGUUCACGGAGGGCGAGCUGAUGUCGGUGGGCAUGGACACGUUCAUCCACCGCAUCGACUCCACCGAGGUCAUCUACCAGCCGCGCCGCAAGCGGGCCAAGCUCAUCGGCAAGUACCUGAUGGGGGACCUGCUGGGGGAAGGCUCUUACGGCAAGGUGAAGGAGGUGCUGGACUCGGAGACGCUGUGCAGGAGGGCCGUCAAGAUCCUCAAGAAGAAGAAGUUACGAAGGAUCCCCAACGGGGAGGCCAACGUGAAGAAGGAAAUUCAACUACUGAGGAGGUUACGGCACAAAAAUGUCAUCCAGCUGGUGGACGUGUUAUACAACGAAGAAAAGCAGAAAAUGUAUAUGGUGAUGGAGUACUGCGUGUGUGGCAUGCAGGAGAUGCUGGACAGCGUGCCAGAGAAGCGUUUCCCGGUGUGCCAGGCCCACGGGUACUUCUGUCAGCUGAUUGACGGCCUGGAGUACCUGCACAGCCAGGGCAUCGUGCACAAGGACAUCAAGCCCGGGAACCUGCUGCUCACCACCGGGGGCACCCUCAAAAUUUCCGACCUGGGCGUGGCCGAGGCACUGCACCCGUUUGCGGCGGAUGACACCUGCCGGACCAGCCAGGGCUCCCCGGCUUUCCAGCCACCCGAGAUUGCCAACGGCCUGGACACCUUCUCCGGCUUCAAGGUGGACAUCUGGUCAGCUGGGGUCACCCUCUACAACAUCACCACGGGUCUGUACCCCUUUGAAGGGGACAACAUCUACAAGCUGUUUGAGAACAUUGGGAAGGGGAGCUACGCCAUCCCGGGUGACUGUGGCCCCCCGCUCUCCGACCUGCUGAAAGGGAUGCUUGAGUACGAGCCGGCCAAGAGGUUCUCCAUCCGGCAGAUCCGGCAGCACAGCUGGUUCCGGAAGAAACACCCUCCGGCCGAGGCGCCGGUGCCCAUCCCGCCGAGCCCGGACACCAAGGACCGGUGGCGCAGCAUGACUGUGGUGCCGUACUUGGAGGACCUGCACGGCGCGGACGAGGAUGAGGACCUCUUUGACAUCGAGGACGACAUCAUCUACACUCAGGACUUCACGGUGCCCGGACAGGUCCCAGAAGAGGAGGCCAGUCAGAAUGGACAGAGCCGGGGCCUCCCCAAGGCCGUGUGUAUGAACGGCACGGAGGCGGCGCAGCUGAGCACCAAAUCCAAGGCAGAGGGCAGGGCCCCCAACCCCGCCCGCAAGGCCUGCUCUGCCAGCAGCAAGAUCCGCCGGCUGUCGGCCUGCAAGCAGCAGUGAGGGUGGCCACCUGCAGCCCGUGUCCAGGAGCCCCGCCAGGUGCCCGCGCCAGGCCCUCAGUCUUCCUG